AUUUCAACUGCACAGCAUUUAGACAGCAUGUUAGCAUUUCAACAGUAUAUGAGUUGUUGUUAGUCGUUACUUGGUGUUCACUGCGGCGGCUCCACUGCUCAGCGGCUCUGGCUGCGACUGACUUCCGCUCAUCAAUACACUGGACACUACACCAGACACAAUCAUUACACCUUACCACCGAGUUACUACAACACAGGAUUAUCUCAGACUAUCUCGCUCUGCUAUAAUUGACUAUCGAUUGGAUCGAUUGACAUCGACUCCCGACGCCCGACAACACCUAGCAGCCAACAUCUCGUACCACUCACACUCUACACUUGGACAUUCUAGACAAUCACCACAACACUACAACACCACGAUACACAUCGACACAGGGCUAGCCAUGGCUGCGCCCGCACGGCGGCAGUCCGCCAUCUCCACAACCAGCACAGCAACAGAGAAAGCCCCUAACCAAUAUGAACCGCCGCAACAAUCCAUCCGCCAGAGCCAGAUCAUCCAACAACAACCCCCCACCGGUCUGCGAGUCCCCUCCAACCGCAAAACAAUCUACGACCGCCACCUCAACCGUAGCCAAAAAGCCGACUUGAGUCGCGCCUCAUUCGCCUUUCUCUUCGCCGAAAUGGUCACGUAUGCCCAGCGACGGGUGACGGGUAUUCAAGAUUUAGAAAAACGACUGAAUGAACAAGGCUACCCGCUUGGCCUGCGCCUACUCGACCUCCUCUUCUACCGCUCCAUCUCCGCUUCCUCCUCAUCGGCGCUCUCGUCCUCAUCAGCCUCCUCUUCACCUCCCAACCGCCCACUCCGCAUCCUCCCACUCCUCCACCUCAUUCACGGCCCUCUCUGGCGCCUUCUCUUCCAACGCCCCGCCGACGCCCUCGAACACUCGGUGUCUCCGCAGACUCCCAACGAGUAUAUGAUCACCGACAACGACCCGCUGGUCAACACGUACAUCAGUGUGCCGAAGGAAAUGAAUAUGCUGAACUGCGCGGCCUUUGUGGCUGGGAUAAUCGAGGGUGUGUGCGACGGAUGUGGUUUUGAGGCUAAGGUUACCGCGCAUAAUCAGGCUACGGAGAUGUGGCCGGCUAGAACGGUGUUUUUGGUUAGGUUUGGGGACGCGGUUAUGGAGAGGGAGAAUGUUUUGGAAAGGGCCGGAGUGAAGUAAGAGUCGAUGAGUGUAUGAGUGUGUUUUUAGGUGGUUAGGACGAGUUCAGCUCUGGUAUGAACGUGGUCUGUUGAGGAAUUUUCAAAUACUCAACAUAAUGUGUUGAUGGUCUUCAAAGAGAUGAUACUACAUGAAUCAUAUUUACAAGGUGUUUAUGUGUUGAGCUACUGAU